AGAUCCAGUGACACAGCGUCGGGAUGAGAUGAGAGCUGCUGCUGGAUGAGAGGAGCUGCUGGUCGGGACAUGUCCGAGUAGAAACCUGCUUUAUUAUCCAACACGUAGCUAAAGCAUUAAACCCUCCCGUGUUAAAGAUGGGGAAGUGCGGCAUCACGUCGUCAAAGACGGUCCUGGUGUUUCUCAACCUCAUAUUUUGGGCAGCUGCAGGCAUCCUGUGCUAUGUUGGAGCCUACGUCUUCAUUACAUACGACGACUACGAUCAUUUCUUUGAAGACGUGUACACUCUCAUCCCAGCAGUGACCAUUAUUGCAGUUGGAGCCCUCCUUUUCAUUAUUGGGCUCAUUGGAUGCUGCGCUACAGUCAGAGAGAGCCGAUGUGGUCUUACAACGUUUGUCGUCAUUCUCUUGCUGGUUUUCAUGACGGAAGUGGCAGUGGUGGUUCUCGGAUAUGUUUACAGAGCAAAGGUUGAAAAUGAAGUUAAUAUUUCUAUCAAGAAAGUGUAUGAUGAGUACAACGGCACCAACAGCAAUGCACAGAGCCGUGCAAUCGACUACAUUCAGAGACAGCUUCAGUGUUGUGGGAUCCACAAUUACUCAGACUGGCAGAAUACACACUGGUAUGAAGAAUCCAAAAACAACAGCGUACCCAUCAGCUGUUGCCAAGCUAACGUUGGAAGCUGCACAGGGUCCCUCACUCAUCCUGAUGAUCUCUACCAAGAGGGUUGUGAAGCUCUGGUUGUGAAGAAGUUGAAGGAGAUCAUGAUGUAUGUCAUCUGGACUGCACUGACAUUUGCUGCCAUCCAGAUGCUGGGGAUGUUGUGUGCCGGUAUCGUACUGUGCCGCAGAAGCAGAGAUCCUACCUAUGAGCUUCUUAUUACAGGGGGCACCUAUGCAUAAAGGAGAACACAUUUCUCACCAUAACACACUAACACACCAUGACACACUUUCAGAAUUAAUAUACGUGUCAUUGGUGAGAGCAUGAAUCUGUUACCACACUAACCUUAACCACCAACUACACUAGAGUUAUAUAUUUGACCUGUUUUUCCCCCCAAAAAAAGCUAUAGACCAAAUUCUUUAAAGGUCAAAGUAAAUGAGAUGUAGAAAGCAUUCUGUUGCUGUGAGGACGGCGCCUCAUUCUUUAUAUGGAGUGAAGUGCGGACAGGGUAAUUUACUCAUAUGUUAGUUUGCACUAUGUGUAUGGCUUUGAAUAUUUUAUAUUUAAAUGAAUUUUACCUUUUACCUCCACUACUACUACUGCUACUACUAUUCUAGAAAUAGUGGACACCACAGCCCUAAAGUGUGUAACUUAACCGGCUUCUGCUUUUCUGAUCUUUCUUUUAAUAAUCAAGCUUUUUGAGUAGUAGUAGUAAUGCUUUCUCAACUCGAGAUAGACUUUGUCCUAUUAGCUGUUCUGUUUGUUUUUGUCUGAACAGUCCACUGAUGGUAGUUUUAGAAUUUGAUUUGCUGACAUGUAGCAAUAGCAAGACUCAAGAAUGUAAAUAAAAUGGGGGGAAAGUUUGAAAUC